AUGCGUGUCGGUAUUAAAGGCGUCGCCCCGCCCCCGGCUUGCCUCUUUCCGUCUCCGGCCGCCGCACCGAGAGGAGUCGCCGCCAUGUCCGCGCAUCUUCAGUGGAUGGUCGUGCGGAACUGCUCCAGCUUCUUGAUCAAGAGAAACAAGCAGACGUACAGUACCGAGCCGAAUAACCUGAAAGCGCGCAACUCCUUCCGCUAUAACGGGCUCAUUCACCGCAAGACCGUGGGUGUGGAGCCGGCGGCGGACGGCAAAGGAGUCGUGGUGGUGAUGAAGCGGAGAUCCGGCCAGCGCAAGCCGGCCACUUCCUACGUGCGGACCACCAUCAACAAGAACGCCCGGGCCACCCUCAGCAGCAUCCGGCACAUGAUCCGGAAGAAUAAGUACCGCCCGGAUUUGCGCAUGGCCGCCAUCCGCAGAGCCAGCGCCAUCCUGCGCAGCCAGAAGCCUGUGAUGGUAAAGAGGAAGCCGAGCCGCCCCACCAAGAGCUCCUGAGCCUCUGGCCUCCCUUCCCCAGAGCAAUAAAGCUGUCAGCCGCCGCC